GCCCGGCAAUGUCUCUCCCACUAGCCACAGUGAGCGUGCCCUCGUCUGAAGCGGCCACGUUGCUCGAUGAGACGCCCCGCGUUGACGAGCCCGAGGGGCCGAUUGGUGGAGAGGCCGCCCCGGGCCAGCCUGGCGCCGUGACGCCGGGCUACGCGCCCGCCUCUCCCCCACGCUCCUUUAGCCCGCCCCGCCCCGCCUCUUGGUGGACACGUGGGCCUCCGUCGGGCGCUGUUUCCACUCGAGGCAAUUCCUGGUUGUACGUGCCCUUGCUCCACGCCGCCGCCGGCACCUUGGCCCGCACUGCUUUUGAGGAGUGGACGCAGCAGACAACGUGGCCGGGGUGGCUGCCCAUGGUGCAACACUUGCAGGAGGCGGCCCCAGCAGACGUAGACGCCGUCCGUCUCGUGCUGCGGGGGCUGGGGGCGCAUCAGGCAGCCGAGCGGCUACCGGACACAACCAGUCGCGCCGUGUCCUUGCCGCUAGCGGCCAUCGCUUCUUCCCUCGUCGAAGCUGAUGGGUACUUCCACGCGGCGGCGCAAGAGACGCUGGUUGAGGCCUUUGCUGGCCAGGAGGCGGCGGCGCAGCUCCUGCGCUCCGCAGACGCCUUCCGCCUAGUCUCUGCCACGCGACCGGAACUUCACCCGAGUGUGGGGGCAACGCCGGAGUUGGAGCCAGGCGAAGGCAGCUUGCCCACACGGCGCGUGCAACAGGGUCGGCGAAGGGGUGCCAGGGGCGGCGCCCGCAACCAGGUGGAUGUGGCCGAGGCGGCAAUGCAGCGAGGACUGGACGCCUUGAACGACAUCGACCUUGCUGCUGUACUCCGC